CGUCUGCGCAGUCACAUGACCAGAAGCUGCCAGACAUGUUCCCGACACCGCUUCUAUGUCGAUUUCACAGCUCACUGCUGAGCAGAUGUCGCCCCAAAAUGUCCCUGACUGUGAGGAGUCUGAGCACCCAGACCCCGGGGUCGCCCCCACGUAGGUGGUUUCGGAUCAUCUGCCUAGGCACCUUUGUUGGGGCCCCAUCAGCAGGGGCCCUUGUCUAUUACAGCUCAGAUGGCCCCAACAGGAGGAGAAUAAGGAUCUCGCUGCAGGGGAUUCUCCGAUUCUGCAGAUCAUUACAGGUCGCCUCUCAGAUCUCCAUAGAUUACUGGUGGACAAGGAACGUGACUCUCCGUGGAGAAGAUGAGAACAGUCCUCUGCAUGAAGCCAUCAUGUCUCAGUGUCACCAGCGGACGGCAGACAGAUUGGUGGAUGGAGCCUUAGUAAAUGGAGGUCUCUAUAUCAAGCUGGGGCAAGGUCUGUGCACCUUCAACCACCUGCUUCCCCCCGAGUAUAUCAGCACUCUGCGUAUUCUGGAGGACCAGGCGCUGCCCCGGAGGACCAACGAGGUGAAUGAAAUCCUUCUGGAAGAUUUUGGACAACCAGCGGAGCGUCUCUUCCUGCACUUCAACCAUCAGCCGAUGGCAGCGGCCAGCUUGGCGCAGGUUCACAGAGCGACAUUACAUGAUGGCACCGAGGUGGCUGUGAAGGUCCAGUACAUUGAUCUCCGGGACAGGUUUGAUGGAGAUAUCAAAACCUUAGAGUGGCUCCUCCGACUCAUCGAGUUCAUGCACCCCAAGUUUGGCUUCAGCUGGGUUCUAAAGGACCUGAAGCACACCCUCUCUCAGGAGCUGGACUUCGAGAAUGAAGGGCGGAAUGCUGAGCGCUGUGCACAGGACCUCCGAAAACUGCCCUAUGUGCUGAUUCCUCGCGUGUACUGGGAUUACACCAGCAAGCGGGUCCUGACGGCCGACUACUGUGAGGGCUGCAAGGUCAGCAGCGUGGAGGGCAUUAAGGAGCAGGGACUGGAGCUGAAGGAUGUGGCUGAGAAGGUGAUUAAGGUUUUUGCGGAGCAGAUCUUCUUCACAGGAUUCAUCCAUGCCGACCCCCACCCUGGGAAUGUGCUGGUAAAUGUGGGUCCGGAUGGGAAAGCUCGGCUGGUCCUGCUAGAUCAUGGACUCUAUGAAAAUCUGAGUGAGAGGGACCGCACCGCACUCUGUAAACUGUGGAGGUCUAUUGUACUGCGGGAUCGGCAGCGCAUGGAGGAGUACUCGGCUCAGCUCGGCGUGAAAGAUUACCUACUGUUCUGUGAAAUCCUCCUGCAGCGCCCCCUGUCACUUACCGGAACCCUGGGCAAUGUACUGACUCUGGAGGAGACGCAGUACAUGCAGGAGAUGGCCAAGGAGCACUUUGAUGAUAUCAUGCGAGUCCUUCGUGCGAUACCGCGCCCAAUGCUGCUUGUCUUCAGAAACCUCAACACUGUUCGUGCUCUUAACAUUGGACUGGGGGCUCCGGCUGACCGCUAUCUUCUAAUGGCCCGCAGUGCGGUGCGAGCGUGGAGGCGUCUAGCAAAGCAGAAUUCCUCUGGAAUAAUGCGAUGGGUUGCCGUGAUGUGGGCACAUCUAAAGUUUGAUGUGGCUUUGAGGUGGGACAGCCUCAUGCAGCGAUUCACAUUCUUCAUCAUCCGCCUCCUGAUUCACUUUGACUUUCUAGCUGACAAUGAGCAAAUUCAGCAGUUACUUCAGGCAUAGACAUUAUUGGGGAGGAAGCACUGAGGACUUCUGUGCAGUGGUGGCCUGGACCAAGAAGUAGGGGGACCAUUCGCUAAAGUGCCACAAAUAAGUUCUUUCUCUAUAUCUUCAGUGUCUAAAGGGGCUCUGGAUGAAAACAGGACAAUGUGAAGGCCGAAGAGCAGUUGUCCUGUCGUAGCACAGCCCGAUCCCUGGAUGGAGCAAUAAACAACUCACUACUGUA